AUGUCGGGAUAUAUUCUUCAGUCCGAGGAGGAAGCAAGCAAGGAUCUUGCCAUUCAAGGCGUCCGGACUUUACCAGAUCUGCUAAAACGGCAAGCAGAAUGCCGUGGACAAGCCACUCUUUUUUCAUUUCGACCCCAGGAGGACUGUGGGUUGACAACUCUCUCUUAUGUCGAAGCAUACACAAGAUCUUGCGCUCUAGCGCGAGCAUUAAUUGGAAGACUUUCACACUCAAGCACAACAAAUCCGGUCGUCGCUAUAUGGCUGGAAAGAUCAAUUGACCUACAUCUUGCAAUUCUAGCUACCACUACUUCAGGUGCUGCGUGGCUACCAUUUGAUGCCGAUGUCCCUGCUGAACGAGUCAAUGCAUGUCUGCAGGACAGCCAUGCAAAUAUCCUACUAUGCGAUGAGCAUCACCGAAAAGCUGCCAUCCGAGCAGUUGAAGGGCUGCAAGGAUGUCAAGUCGUCACAUUUGAAGAGUUAUCUGGUCAAGCAGAAUACACGAUCGAGCCACGAAGUUGCCUACUCAAACCCCAGCCAGGAGACACCGCGUAUAUAAUCUACACCUCGGGAAGUAGCGGAACGCCGAAAGGUAUCGAAAUAUCGCAUCAUGCAGCUCUCAUGUUUUGCCUUAGCGAAAGGACAAUUCUUGCAACCAACUCGAACGACGUUGUCUGGCAAGGUUUCUCUGCAGCUUUUGAUAUGUUCAUUGAAGAGACAUGGGUCAGUAUAGCCGGUGGAGCACAUCUGGCGAUCGGAAGCCGAAGCGAAUGUCAAGACGUCCCCGGUCUGGGAGGUGCGAAUGGUAUCUGGGCCCAACGUGGAGUCACCCUAGUCAACGCAGUGCCUACCCUCAUCAACAUUAUGACCUCCCUCGAUGAUGAUUGUCGACUGCCACCUCUUAUCCGGCUCCUAAAUCUAGGUGGCGAAGCUUGCCCCUUGGCUUUGGUCAAUCGCCUAUGGUCACCUAGCCUGCGUAUUGUCAACACAUACGGCCCUUCCGAAACUACUGUGACCGCUACUUACAAAGAACUUUUUCCAGAGCAGACAGUCACCAUUGGUAAGCCACUUCCAGGCUAUCACGCUUUAUUACUGCCUGUACUGGAUGAUAUACCCACAUCUUGGGCCCCUCUUGAGAUCAAAGAGGGCAUAGAGGGUGAACUUGCCAUUGGUGGUCAAUGCCUUGGAAAAGGUUACGUUGGACGAGCAGCACUCACUCAAGAAAAGUUCAUAAAUCAUCCACUGCCCUCUACCUCUGGUGAGCGAUUGUACCGGACUGGGGACAGAGUGAAACUUGAUCAUAACCUGGAUGUUGUGUUCCUGGGACGCAUCGACGCCCAAGUCAAGCAUCGCGGCUUCCGCAUCGAGCUUGGCGAGAUUGAACAAUCCAUCGCUGCACAUCCAGAGGUACAGACAGCAGCUGUGAUCUUGUCAUCAGCCACAGAUCGCCUCGAAGCCUACAUCGUCCCUAAAGAUGGUGGUGCUGUUGACGCCAAAGAUAUCCGCAGUGUUCUUCGCCACCUACCUGCGUACAUGAUGCCGGAAGCUUUCUUCUUUAUCCCAGCGGAAGAGUUACCUCGGCUUCCAAGUGGCAAAAUCAAUGCAAGAGCCCUUCAAGAAAAGUCAUCUCAAAUGGCCUCGACAGUCGAGACUGACGAUUUGAAGGAAAAAAUCAAUUGUUCUGUUCUUGUCCUUGACGACGCUGACUCGGAUCUGGGCGUUCUAUUGCGAACAAUAUCUGAUGUCUUCCCACAGUGCAACAAUCUUACCUCCACGCUUGAUCUUUUCGAUGAUCUCGGUUGUCACAGCUUGCUCGCUGCGAAGCUUGUUUCAAAGCUUCGCAACGAGAGUCCAACGGGUUCCUGUUUCAAGCACCUUGGUCUACAGGAUAUUUACGUCCACCGUACUCCUGAAAAGAUCAUUGCAAGUCUAAUCGAGAGAUCGUCGUACGCUAAGGAAGAAACCUCCUCACAGAACUCAAUGAUCACAGGGGAAACUCUAGUAUCAUCUAUGGCAGAUCGAUGGCCUGUUUCACGCCGAAGAUACAUUCUUUGUGGCUUGGCACAGUUGCCCGCCCUAGUGCUUUUGUUCUUUAUAGCUGGUAUCAGCCUGGUCGGACCAUAUCUGGUCUUCUACGCUUUGCUAAUGCUGUACGACAUCGGUACCGCCAUUUCCGGAGCCUACAUCUCUUUCGUCGGGUUGCCAAUUCUCCGUGCUGUGAUCGCCAUUCUUGGGAAAUGGUUGGUGCUUGGCAAAGCAAAGCCUGGCGAAUACCCCCUGUACGGCAUAUACUAUUAUAGAUGGUGGCUUGCGGACCAGUUUAUAAAGCUGAUCGAUAUGGUUACAAUUGCCGAGACGCCUAUGUUACCAGCUGUUCUUCGAUGCUUGGGAGCCAACAUCGGCAUUGGAUGUCAUAUGGGCAUCAUUUAUAUCGGUGCUGCGAUGGAUCUGGUUUCGAUUGGCGAUGAUGUCUGCAUAGGAAAGGACACCAUGCUUUGCACAAGCUGGGUGGAGCGAGGGCGCCUCAUCUUGAAAGAAGUCCGAAUCGAAUCAGAAUCAAACAUUGGUAGCCAUUGUGUCAUUGAUGGUGGCACGAUCAUUGAGGAGGGUGCUGAAUUAGGGCCCCUGAGCAUGGUACCAGGCGGAACACGCAUCCCACUUGGUGAGCAUUGGGCUGGCUCUCCUGCAAAGUUCAAAUGCUUGGUGCAGGACAUUGGGCUUAUGAAGGCGAAUCGUCCGGGUACCAUACGUGUCACUUGCAUGAUCCUGGCGGUAGCUACCAGCUCUGCGCUUCUGCUACCGGUUCUGUUCUUUGGCCCACAGAUUCCAAGCAUGAUGUUGUUCGACUUCGUUCACAUCCCCAAUGUUAACGCAUGGGAACAGACGGCUAUCGCUAUUGCACCUGCCGCAGUCGUCUACCUGUUCCUUACCUACGUUGAGCUUCUCUUCCUGCGCUGGGUUGUGCUUGGCAAAGUUGUGGAGAGUUCAUAUCGUACCACUUCAGUGUAUUGGUUUCGGAAGUGGCUGGUUGGCCGUCUUAUGGAUAUGAGUCUCAACAUCCUCCAUCCGAUCUACGCGACACUUUACGUUGUACCCUUCCUGAGAUCAUUGGGCGUCAAAAUCGGCCGUGGAGCAGAAGUUUCGACGGCUCGUGGCAUCAACUUCGAGCUCACAGAGAUUGGUGAGGAGUCAUUUGUUGCGGACCACGUUCUUUUAGGCAACGAAACAGUACGAAAUCAUAUAGUAACGCAGAAAAAGACAAUUCUCAAGAAUCGAGCCUUUGUUGGAAAUGCAGCGCAUGUGCACCAAGGUGCAGUGCUGGCUUCCAAUACUCUGGUUGGCGUUCUCUCAACCACACCGGAUACACCGCUUCAGGAAGGCCAGAGUUGUUUUGGAAGCCCGCCUAUCCUCAUGCCUGCUCGCCAACAGGCCAAGGUCAAUCAUGCUGAGCAUCUUUUGUAUAAGCCGCGCCGCAGCCAGAUUGCCUUACGACUUUUCAUUGAAGGCUCACGUAUCCUGUUACCUCGUCUGGUUAUCACCGCUGGCCUUGGUUUUUCUACGCUCCUUCUUGGUCACAUAUUUGACCACUUGGGACCCGUCGCAAGUGUGUUCUUACUGCCAGUCGUCUACUUUUUUCCUGAAUGGCCUCUAUGGAGUUCCGAUGUCUGGAGGUCCGAAUUCGUCACCUCGACCUACGAGACCUUGACGGCACCUUUCUUACUUGACAUGCUCACCGGAACCCCCUAUCUCGCCAUGUUUCUACGGUUGCUCGGCGUGAAAGUUGCAUCCCGAGUCACUUUACUCUCCCACGACAUCACCGAGUUCGACAUGGUGAGCAUCGGAGAAGAGGCAGUCUUGAACAUGCACGCUGCACCGCAGACGCAUUUGUUCGAGGACCGUGUCAUGAAGGUCGGACACGUGCACUAUGAGGCGCAUGCUUGCGCUAAGCCUUACUCGGUCUGUCUGCCAAACAGUCGUGUCGUUGAGGGCGGACAGCUUGGAUGCCUUUCGCUGCUCAUGAAGGGCGAGGCUGUCCCGGCGAAUGAAAUCUGGGAAGGGGCGCCAAUUGCGCCUGUUAGGAGAAGAUCUUAG